AUGGCAGUUGGCCGGGGCUUCCAGCUGGAAGCGGACGUCGCGAGCCCAUGCCGAACACGGCCCGUCGUGGCUGCUGCGCAGCGCGACGAGGGCCUGGACGGCGGCCCAGGCCAGGAACGCCGGCUGGAAGCGGCAGCUCUGGAGGCAGAGGACAGGUACUGGCACUUGCCCAGCGCUUUCGUGGUAGUGUUCGUGAUGCCGGCCCGCGCGCACAAAGCGAUGGCGCCCACCGCGCCGGGCUCCGAGGCGGCAGAGAAGCCGCGCCAGGUGUGCCUGGUGUUCCUCGCGUACCUGCUGAAGACGAGACUCACGGACGCCAAGGCGUUCGGCGAGCUCGCAGUGAAGGUGGCGGACUUUACCGAGUUGGCCAGCGGCCGACGCCUUCUCCAUCCUAACGGGAGCGAGCCUGGCAGUUUUUUGCCCGCCUUCCCGAUCCCGUCGUUCCUCUUCAGGAUGGUCGGCUUCAGCCCGUGCGCCGAGAACCGCAACUCCAGGCUCGCAGACAUAGUCGCCGAGUACCCGACGCACGAGAGGGUCACAUUGACCACGUCAUUGUGCCGGGAGCUGUCAUGCCCGCGGUCGAGAGUUGCAUCGUUCAUGUCCGCACGGCUCGGCGGCUCCAACUCCAUCAUGCUGCUGCAGCUCGCGACAAUCGCCCUGUCGAGCUCACCGUUCGACUGCAAGCCACAGCGGCGCUUCGCCCUACCAGACACCCCAGAGUUCGAGACCGUAGCCGAGCGCGUCGAGAAUUUAUUCCAGCAUCUUUCUGAGUACCUGUCACGGCCCAACAGUCACAUGACGUUCGCGCUCAAGGGCAAUGCGCUGCUGCCUCGCGAGGCCCAAGCGGCAGACACCAUUCUCAAGGACCUGCAGAGCUACGAUGACAGCAAAGCACGUGUGAUGAUCCACCCAGUCGAGGCGCCAACGCAGGUACUGCAGACAAAGGGCACCUGGGUCCCGGCAGGGCAGCUCAUAUGCGAAGCAGUUCGCGGGGUGGGCGGAGAUAUCAAGACGAAUGCUCGCGGCGCCCCGGCCUCCGGGGGGCCCCGAGCCAUGGAGCGCGCGGCCGCGCUCGGCGCCGCCUCCGGCAGGGCCGCCGCCGCCGCCGGGCGGGCGUCGGCCGCCCAGGUCCUCGGCAAGGCGGGCGGCCCCAGCGAUGCCUCUGAGCCCGAGCGCCUGAACGCCCUGCGCAGGACCUGGGCGCUCUGCGCAGGCCCCAGCGAUGCCUCUGAGCCCGAGGACCUGGACGUCAGGAGCUACCCCAACUCGACCUGCAAGCAUCCGCCCACCGUGAACAUCACCAAGUUCAUCGAGACGUUUCCGGGCCACCUGAUGGGCCAAGUUCGAGACACGAAGUGGACGAAUGCGCUCAUAAAAGAGCAGUUAGGACAGCGGUCCGGCCACGGGGACUUCACGGUCGAGCUGGACGGGGUGCUGACAAAGAGCUUCGGCCUCGUGUUCGGUGAGACGCUGGCGGUGUGGCUGGUCGGCUGUUGGCCUCCAGAGAGGUACGCCGUGUUGCAUGUACAAGCAGCCCUGCCAGCUGGGCGUGUGCGACUGUGGGUGGCAGGCCUGCGGGCGCAAGGGCCACCGCAGCCAGGCGCUGGCGCAGCUCACGGUCGCUCCCCCACGUCUCUGAGCGCGGCCUGCAGCUGCCCGGAGCGCCCGCGCUAUCGCACAUUCGUGCUUUCCGUCUACGGCCUGUCGAUACAUUUGAGGACGCCAUUUGCGCUAUCGAGUUCUUUUGCAAGCAGUUGCGCGCAAGAUUGAUUGAGCGGCUCGCCUGCUCCAGUGCAGGCGCGGUUGAUGCAGUGAACCCUGAUCCUGCCGCUUGGAACAGGAAG